AAAACCACUGUUUCAAAGCAAUAUUAUAUUUAACAAGUGGCAACAGUGUGUCUGGGAAAUUUAAGUAUUUGUUGUAUACCGUUAAGAAAAGUUAUGUUAAAUGUUAAAUAACAUAUUUGAAAUGGAAAAUAAGAGAUCUGUAGAAAAGCAGGAAUCGUUGCCCUCAUGUCCAGGAUCAAAUUUAGACAAUAAUGCAUCCAGUGUAUUAUCCUCAAUUACGCAUCCUUCAGUACGUUCAAGACAAUAUCUUAAAACAAUUUUUGAAAAAAUUAAUAGUGGUGAUAAUGUUCUUAGUCGCAUUCCAUCUCGUCUUGAUCCAAACAUUCAAUUCAGUGAUGAUGACGAAAGUGAGGACGAAGAUAACAGAAACAAAAGUCCUGAUACUUUUGAAGAAAUCAAAUUAAAAAAAGAAGUUUCAGAAGCUGCGAAAACACCUACGUUGCCACAGCUGUCAUGUGAACUAUUCAAAGCUGAUAAAUAUGCACGCGUUUUGCCUCCAAAUUCAAAUCUAAAAAGCAGUUUAUAUUAUUCAAAGAACAGUGCUCCUAUUUUACCUGUCUCUAAACCAUUGACCUUUAAACAUGAUGUUUCAAAUGUACGGAAUCUAUUGCCACAAAGUGAAAUUAAACUUAAUAAAAUGCAUCGACAUUUUUCUGAAAGAGGUGCAAAAUUUAAUCCUUUGGAGCAACCUGACAUAAAAAUGCGAAUUCCACUUGCUCCAAGAUCAGAAUCAUCAUGCCUUAGUCUUGCAGUUAAUGAAACAAACUCACUUCCUGUAGAGGUAAUCAAUGUUAAUGGUAAAUCAUACAGUGUAUUAUCCCUUCUUGGAUGUGGUGGGUCAUGUAAAGUGUAUUCUGUGUUUGAUAUAGAAAACAAAACAUUGGUUGCUCUAAAACAAGUUCAAUUAAAAAAUACAGAUCCAUCAUUACGAGAAGGAUACAAAAAAGAAAUAGAAUAUUUAAAAAAAUUACAGAGUUCAAAUAGGGUAAUUAAAAUGUAUGAUUAUGAAUACUGUGAAAAUGAGAUAUUUUUGGUUCUUGAACAUGGUGAUAUAGAUUUUGCGAAAUAUAUCCAUAAUGAAGCAAAACUGAAACGUUUAUCUCCUUUAAUGAUAAAGUUCUACUGGGGUCAAAUGUUAGAAGCUGUAGCUGACAUCCACAAAUAUGGCAUAAUUCAUUCAGAUUUGAAACCAGCAAAUUUUUUACUUGUUGCAGGAAACUUAAAACUGAUUGACUUCGGUAUUGCAGCAUCAGUUCCUGAUGAUAUGACAAGUACUUUUAGAGACACGCAAGUUGGAACUUUAAAUUUUAUAUCCCCAGAAGCUAUAACACAAUUACAACCAUCUAAUAGCAAGCAAAUGUGUUUUAAAGUAGGUGUGAAAUCUGAUGUUUGGUCUUUGGGUUGCAUACUCUAUUAUUUAGUUUAUAAUGUUCCACCAUUUCACAAUUUUAAAACAUUGAUGCAAAAGGUGCAUGCAAUUACAAAUCCAAGUUAUGAAAUUCCUUUUCCAGAAAUUCCUGAUAAAUUAUUAUUGGAUGUUUUGAAAUCAUGCUUGAAAAGAAAUGUAAAAGAAAGAGCAUCUGUAGAAGAACUUCUGAAACAUCCUUAUCUCAAUGAUGAUCUAAGGAAACCACCUGAACAAAGUGAUGCUUUAAAAAAUGUCUUGGAACAGGUACAAGUGUUUACCCCUCGAAGAAUGAGUGUUCUUGCAAAAGUUGUAAAAGAAUUGUCAGAAAAAACAGAUAUAUGAAUUCAGAGCAUGUUAAAUCAAGCUCCAGAUAUUUAAGUUUGAACGAAGUGAUGCUUUAAAAAACGUCUUGGGACAAGUGCAAGUGUUUAGCCAUUGAAAAAUACGUGUUUUGGCCAAAAUUUGAAAAAGAAUUAUCUAAAAAGAAGAAGAAAAAGAUAUAUGAAUCCAAAGUAUUUUUUUAUUGAAAGCAUAUUAAAGCAAGCUUUAAAUAUUUAAGUGUGAACAAAGGGAUGCUUUAAAACUUGUCUUAGAACAGGUGCAAGUUUUUAUCCCUCGAAGAAUGAGUUUUCUUGCAAAAGUUAGGAAUGAAUUAUCAGAAAAACAGAUAUUUGAAUUCAGAGCAUUUUUUAUUGAAAUGAUGGUAAAGCAACUUUAGAUAUUUUCCAUUUUAAUUCCCCAAAAUUCAUUUAAAGUUAAAAAAGAAAAGAAAACUAAAUGGGGAAAAAAACCGAAUUUUAAAUAUUUUCCUUUACCUAACGUUGUGAAGUAAUGAAUAAAAAAAUUUUUAAGUUAAUAUUACUCAUAUCAAGACUGCUAUAACUGUCACCCAAUUAAUCAAGAACUGUGCCUGGAGACAGUGGGAAAUUCAGCCUCCCCCUUCCCCAAGACUCCAAGUUAUUGCAAAACCAAGCAAGCCCUGUGGAAUGGUUUUGGUACUGUACUGAUAUCAUGAGCUAUGAAAUCAGCCUCAUAAUUUAUUAGAAUAUAAUAGUAAUGUCUACCCAUCCAUUUUAUUUGCUAUAUUUGUAUUUAAUUCUAAAGCUUUAUAGUAUUUUCACAAGGUUAUUUUAACACAUUUCAUGAUAAUAUUGAAAAUUUAAGUAAUCAUGAUGCUUUGCCAAGUCUCAGCUUUUAGUCUUUGAUUCUUUGGAUUUUCAGUUUCUAGUGAACUGAGUGUAUUUCAGAAAGAGAGAAUUUCUUGUUUAUGUUUAUUCAAUUAUUCCAUUUCUUGGAGCAGAGACUGAAAGUUAUUUGUAUAAUAUGUUUUAAAAUGUUUAUUUCCAAUCUUCCAGAAUUUUGAAUAACUUUCACUCCACUUAAAUUUAUAAAAGAUCUUUUAAACCCAGAAAAGUAUUUAUAUUAGUUUAAGAAAUAAAAUAUGUAAUUAUAAAAUCUUUAUUUCUGUUGAAGUCUAUGAAAUUAAUAUUCAGCUAAAUAAUAGGGUGAAAAUCUGAAGCAAAUACUUCUUAAAACAGAAUAUAUGUCUUCUACUUUUGAUGGUAUCUGCAAAAGCAAAAAUAGAUUGAAAUAUUCUGCAUUUCUGGUCAAUUUGAAGUAUUGUUAAGUUUCUUUCUUAAUUUGACUUGAACUUAAAGAUUGCACUUAUUUUGUAUAUAAUUAAGUAAAUUAGCAAAUGAUAACAUAUUUUAAUCAAAAAACUAGUUGUAUAAAACAUUUCUUUUAUUAUUUCAUAAAUCAAAGAAUAUAACUUUUAUGGAAAGAUGUUGUAAACAUCCUAGCUUUGUUGAUUAUUAACUAACAGUGAUGUUAUUAAAUGCUGUACUACAUUUUGUUUUAUUAAAUUAAUUGUAUUCAGGUUUUAAUCAAAGUGAAUAAAUCAUUUGUUGGGUUUUCUUCCACAAAGAACUUGUUGGUACUUUGCAGAAAACCCGUUCGUGACAGCACCCUUUUUGUCCCCUG